AUGGCAUUUGUUAUUCCAGAGGGUGGUCAACCAUUAAGGGAUUCAUUAACAGCUCAUGCCACUAACAUACCAAGUUGCAUUACUUAUCCGGAUGUAGAGGAAGGGUCUGCAUUCGAAAUAAAGCAGCACAUGUUGAAUAUUCUACCUACAUUUCAUGGGUUAUCAACCGACGAUCCUAACAUGCACAUUGCAGAAUUUUUAAUGGGAUGCAAGAAUAUUUUGGUGAGAGGAUUUUCAGCCGAAUCUAUUAAACUUCGUUUAUUUCCAUACACUCUGAAAGAUCAAGCAAGGAGAUGGCUCCUCACACUUCCAUUUGGAAGCAUUAGCACUUGGAACCAACUCAGUGAAAAAUUCUUAAGCAAGUAUUAUCCAGCUUCAAAGACUCUUGACAUGAGAACUCAGAUUUUAUCUUUUGCACAAAAACCGAAUGAAGAGUUUCAUGAGGCGUGGGAACGGUUCAAAGAGUUGAUUAGAAAAUGUCCACAUUCUGGUAUUAACAGUACAGAUCAAAUUCACAUAUUUUUCAGAGGACUAAAUAUGACUACAAAAACUCUUGUUAACGCUUCAUGCGGAGGUUCAUACAAAGAUAAAAAUGCACAAGAGGCUUGUUUAUUAUUUGAAAAAAUGGCAGCAGAUACACAACAAUGGGCAGUUGAGCAACCGCAAUCUAGGUCUGUUUUUGAGAUGUCUAACAGUUCCCCAUAUCUUACCGCACAAAUUGAGAAAAUGGAAAAAAGGCUUGAUGCAAAAUUUGACAUGUUGUUACAACGAAUUCCAAAUUCACAGGUUGCUGAACAGCAGUCAUUACAAGCUGCCUGUACCAUUUGCAGCAUGACAACUCAUGAUUUUUCUAACUGUCCACAUAAAGAUGCUUAUCCAGAGUUUACAGCGGAGCAGGUUAAUGCAUUUAAUAAUUUUCAGUGUCCCCGAUAUGACCCACAUUCAAAUUUCUACAACCCAGGUUGGAGAGAUCAUCCUAAUUUAAAGUGGGAUAAAGAUCAGCACCCUAGGCCACAAUUUCAACAGCAGAUGCAGCAAUCGACUGCACCUAAGGCUGCUUGGGAGGUUGCAAUUGAAAAAUUAGCGAAUACUACCAGUCAAGAAAUCCAAAAUUUGCAGGCUAUGAUGAAAAAUAUGGAAAAACAAAUGGGGCAGAUUGCGUUGCAGGUUUCAGAAAGAGCACCGGGUACAUUUCCUAGUCAAACAGUACCUAAUCCAAGAGGACGAGAAGAAUGCAACGCUAUACGGACUUUACGGUCUGGCAAAAGUUAUGACAACAUACAUGAAAAUGAUUCUGCAGAUUCUGCAAAUUCACAGCAACCACAAGACAGAUCCGAAAAUACUGUAGAAGCUACCACAAAAACUACAGAACGUGUUUAUGUGCCUCCAAUGCCUUAUCCUGAAAGGUUGAGGCCUAAAGCUAAAGAUCAACAGUUGACAGAUUUUAUGAAGACUUUGGCUAAAGUUCAAAUUAAUCUACCAUUAAUUGAUGCAAUUAAGAACAUUCCAUCUUAUGCCAAGUUUUUGAAAGACGUUUGCACAAAGAAAAAGAAGCUUCUAGAUUCCGAAAAAGUGAUUCUAACAGAACAGUGCAAUGCAGUCUUAUUGCAUAAAUUGCCUCCAAAGAAGAAAGAUCCAGGGAGUUUUACUAUCUCUUGCACCAUUGGAAAUUGUGAUUUUAGUAGUGCUUUAAUUGACUUAGGUGCUAGUGUAAACUUAAUGCCUUAUUCUGUUUUUAAACGUUUAGGUGAAGGAGAGCUGAAGCCAACCUCCAACAUUAUUCAAUUGGCUGAUCGUUCAAUUACCUACCCUAGAGGAGUCAUUGAAGAUGUUAUUGUUAAGGUUGACAAUCUAUAUUUACCAGCUGAUUUUAUGGUGUUGGACAUGGAUGAGGAUUUGACAACACCCAUCAUUUUGGGUCGUCCAUUCCUGGCAACAGCCCGGACUCUUAUUGAUGUGGAAGCCGGAACUCUAACAUUCCGGGUGGAAGAUCAAACGGUUGUUUUUAGGUUGUUUGAAGCUACCACACAUCCAUGUGAUAAACAAGAAUGCAUGCGUGUUGAUGCAUUAGAUGGUUUGCCUCGUGCCAAAUUUGUGACCAGAUCAUCAAUUGACAAUCUGCCGAUAAAGACUCAAAAUGUGAUUCGUGAGUGUGAUAGUAAAGCACAGCAACACAAAGUUCAAUUGUUGGAAGUGCAAAAAUAA